AUGCCCACGAUCAGCACAGGAUUAGCCUCCUCUCCGUUACACUCAGGCAGCAGCAACAGCUGUGGUAGGGAUCAUGAUCGUUCUUUCUUGUCGUCAGUGUCAGUGGAUAAAACCAGUGCCGACACUUUGAACCAUCAACUCUCUCAUCAAGGUUCUGAUUCAUCUCUCAAAUCAACAUCGUCGUCCUCUUCAUUGACUUCCGCAACAAAUUCACCAGUGGUGGUGGUAGUAGCUCAGCCCACUUCUCCUAAAAACCCAUCUUCACUUCCUUCCAACAGUACCAUCACCACGCUUUUGAACAAAAGUGGAGCAACAACAUUCUAUGAUUGGUUCAAUCAUAAUUUAACGACUCCGAUCUCUGAUAAUAUUAAAACAGCCAAGUCAUUUGUAUCUUCUUCUUGGAAAGGAGUCAUGUCCAUCACAAAUAACGUUAAAGAGAGCGUUAAUAUUCGUAGAGUUUUGGAAGAUUUUGUUCAGGUGGGAACAAACAGUAGACAUUCUUCACCAGCAAAAAACGACUCAAUUACUUCAACUCAUCGAGACCAAGAUCAGAAUACAUUUCAAAUUCAAAUAUCACUCACUAACCUGAUUGACAAUGUAGAUACACUUUCUCCUUUGUUUUAUAACGACGAAUUUGUUUCUUUUGAUGCCUAUCAAGAGUUUUUGUUGGACUAUUCUAAAAAGUUAAACAAUUUUCUGACAAAUUAUUUCAAAAUACAAGACAAUAUCGGUAUUAACUCUAAAAAGUUACUGGAAUUGUAUGAUAUGUGUGUUCUGAUAACAAAAGAAAAUGCUCAAACAAAUAAGCAAAAGAAAUAUGCCAGUGACGUUGAUAAAUGCAUACAGAAAUGGCUAUUUGAAGUGGUAGCAGUAGAUGGAACAUUCAACAUUCAUCACGUGAAAGAUCGACAAUUGUAUAAAAAGUUGAAACUAUUCCAAAAUAUACUAACACCUAAAAAUUUAGGACUACCAAAUGAUUUCUACAAAAACUCUGAAGCAUGGAAUGAAUGUGUACACUUGUUGAGAAAAAUUGGCCAAUAUAAAACACCAUAUGGAAAGAAGAUUAUUAUUGAGAGGAUUUUUAGAGGAAUCUCAGAAGUGUGUUCAAAGAUUGAUGAGGCAUUCUCGUCUGACCACCUUUUAAGCUGUACAAUUUAUUUAAUAUUGAAGGCAUGUCCUCACAAUUUACAUAGUGACAUGUGGUUCCUUGUGACCUUUUGUUUAGACGGCAUUUAUGAAAACGAAGGAAAUGAGAUAUUUGGAUUUUUGUUAACAAACAUGUAUUGUGCUUUAGAAUUUUGGGACCAUGUACCAUCUUUCAACGAGGAUGGUCCAACAGGAUUUGUAAAUAUUGAAAAGAAAGACUCACUGUCUGCUUGUGGCUCUGGUAAUCAAGGAAGUAGUAACUCUUCAACCUCUACAGACGAAGAAAUUGUUUUUGAAAAAUUCAGAAUCGACGACGAGGAAGAAAAGGCCAAAUUCAAAAAAGCUUUCAAAAUGGCUCGAAGAAGAACACGAACCUUUGAACAAAUGAUUAUUGACAAUUUUCAUCAAUAA